AUGGACCUGAAUUCUGGCCGCUGGCGCGGGGCCAGGCCACGUGCUCGCAGGCCCAGGAAUACCCCUGCCCUGCGGCGGAAGGGUUCGUUUCCAAAUGAAGACGAAGCUCUCGGAGGGGCGGCACCAGGAGCCGGGGCUCCUGCCCUCUCUCCCAGCUUUGGGGUCUCUCCCCGGGCAGCUGCUCUUGCACUCCCUCCCCAGCCGCCCCGGGGGCCGACCCCCAGCCUCACACUACACUCCCCCACGCACGGACUCCAGAAUAAAACGGUACGGAUCACUUGUGUGCGCGGAGCUGUGGGCCUGGGUCCCCGUGGGCUGGGGGCUGACGUGGGGGGCAAGGGGGAGACGGAGGCGCUGGGCGGCGCCACUCCCGCCUUCCCGAAGCACCGGCAGGAAUCGGUACCCGUCUGCCGGGGCCGUUCCACCCCGGCCUGGGGAGCGAGCGGGGAAGACCCCGGGGAGCGGCCCCGGGAGAGGGGGCUCGGCAGGGCUCGUUCCUCCGGGACGGACGGGGCGCCUGCGGCUCCGGGGGUCUCGGCGCUGUCGGUCACCGCGGUGGCCCGGCUGCGCUCCUUCCCCGGCAGCCCCUGCCAGCUCGCCGACCCCGAGCUCUUCAUGCUGCUGCUGACGGAGGUGCCCAGGUGGGAGCCGGGGUCCCACGCACUGGGGGUCCCAUGCACCAGGGGGUUCCCCUACGAUGGGGGGUCCCGCGGCCCCACCUACUCACCCGCGCUCGCCCCCAGCUACGCCCAGCGCCUGGAGCUGCUGGUGCUGAAGGAGGACUUCUUCCCCCGGCUCAGCGCCCUGCGCAGCUCCAUCCAGACCCUGACGGACGCCGCUGUCGAGCUGCUGGAGUGCGAAGAGCUGCACACCAUCCUCCACCUCAUCCUGAGCGCCGGCAACCACCUGAACUCGGAGGCGGCCAGGGUGGACAAGAACCUGCUGGACUUCCCUGGCAAGCUGCGGCACGUGGGCCCAGCCUCGCGGUGA